AUGCAAAUAACCAGUGGCAUAUAUUCAAUCUAUCGUUUCUUGUGGAUCAGAAAAUUGCUCCCUCUUCUUCACUGACCUCCCCUUCCACUCCAUGCUCAGGGCUUUAAUACCCCUCUCUCUCUCUCUCUCUGUGUUUAGAUAAAAUAACAAGGGAAAAAAUGUCUGGCGUUUAAAUGACGAAAUAAUCAGAAAGCAAGAAUUAAAAUCACAAAUUGUUUGUUUUCUUAUAUCUAAUAGUUAGAUGGCAACAAUGGGAGGUGCAGCACUUGGAUUUUCAAGCUUUCGCAAACCGUCUUCAUAUUUCAGUCCGAAUGCAGCAGCUACCUCCUCAACUUCCUUCCCCUUGAAGCUACCUUCGCAGAUGCUUGGCAAGUUGGUAGCAUCCCGGACAAGAAUUACCUGCUCUACGGUGCAAGAAUCAUCUACUUCUACUUCUACUUCUACUGUUGAUGCUGAUACUGGUGACAAAAAGGAGGUGAAGGCAGCUGAAAAGAAGGCUCCACCACCAAGGCCUAAACCUGCUGCAAAAGCUCCGACUAAGUCACUGCCAGAGAUGAUGGAGGAAGAUAUAAUUCCUGCACUAAGAACAAUUCUUGAAGCUCAAGAUGACAUCUCUGAAUUAGAGCUAUCUUUCCAAGAUAACAGGUUGGACGGUUCCUUUCUAAAGAAUGGCAAUUGCUAUUCAUUUUGGGCAUUCUUUCCUAGUGGAGGUCUGACAGGUCCCAAAGGGUUUUCCCUAUCCUCCCAUGGUUCAGGAGCAAGCACAGUGGAGCCCUUCCUCAUUGAUGAGAAGAAAAUCACUGCACAACACGUCGUUUUCUGGGUUGAAAAGCGUUUGGCAGCGCAAGGGAUCAUCCCAGUAUGGAAAGAUUAAGCAGAUCGACUCUGUUGUAAUAUACUAAACCAUUGCAUCACAUUUUUUUUGACAUUAUAACUUACUGUUGAUCUAAA